UAAUCUGUCAGGGGAUCUGUCAUCUGUAAUUAACCGAGAUAUUGUGAAAACGUUUUAUAUUUAAAGCUGACAUUUUCAGAUUUGUUUGUUUGUGUUUUGUCGUAGCCUAGUUAUCUUGAUGCUCACGUCAAACUUUUGUAGACUUAAUUUUGGAAAUAAUGGACAUGAUUCAUCAAGUAGAUAGUUUAUCGAGAGCAUAGAUGUUACAGUGUAAAAAAGGUAGGACAUCAAUAACACAUUCUCCAAGAAAAAGCAACUUCAGGACCGAAAAGCUUCUUAUUAAAAACAUUGCGAGAGAAAACCAAAAGUUUUUUGCGUAAAAGGCCUAUACAUGGCUAUCAUUCAUCUGCUUGUAUGAUUGUGACGUCACAUAGCUUUGUUGUUUUACUACACGUGAGAUGCUGUGAUGGCUUUGUGUGGCAGGCAAGAGGACUCAAGCUCGUCUGACAGCAGCUUGUGAUUUCCCCCACUAACAAUUCGGACAAAUGGACAGCUGCACUCAGACGGAUGAGCUUGAUCUUCAAGACUGUGAGUACUGCCUCACCACUGAAGAUGAUGAUGAUGAAUAUGAGUCACAGGCUGAGGCUUCUCUCAAAGAGCCUGUGUCUAAUGGCCAAGGUCCACUCAGAUACAUGGACAGCAGACUUGCCUCAGUGGAGUCCUCAGACAACGGAACUUGUUGUAGCUCGCCAACCCCGGUCAGGCCAAAGAGCCCAUGGGGAGCAUUCGACCCAUAUCUGUCCAUGGAGGAGCUAGGGAAGUCUUUUGUGGGCUUCGCCUCUUUGCCUCACCAAAUUCACAGGAAGAAUGUGAAAAAGGGCUUCGAGUUCACUCUGAUGGUUGCAGGGGAAUCUGGCCUGGGAAAGUCCACCCUGAUCAACAGCCUGUUUCUCACAGAUCUUUACAAUGACCGGACAAUACCCAGCGCCUCAGAGAUGUUAAAAAGAACAGUUGCUAUAAACAAGAAGACAUUAGACAUUCAGGAGAAGGGAGUCAGGCUGAAGCUGACCAUUGUGGACACACCAGGAUUUGGGGAUGCUUUGGACAACACAAAGAGCUAUGAACCUAUACUGGACUACCUCGAUGAGCAGUUUGAAAAGUACCGUAUUGAUGAGAUGGGCAUGCAACGCAUCCACAUCAAAGACAACCGUGUCCACUGCUGUCUCUACUUCAUCUCCCCCUAUAGCCACGGUCUGAGGCCCAUAGAUGUGGCAUUCAUGAAGGGCCUGCAGGGGAAGGUGAACAUUGUUCCUGUUAUAGCCAAAGCUGACUGCCUCACCCAGGCAGAACUGCUACAUAAGAAAGAAACGAUAUGGAGCGAGAUCAAGCUUCAUAAGAUCAAGAUCUUCCAGUUUGCAGAUUGUGACUCUGAUGAUGACUUAGAAUGGACCAGGCAGGAUUAUGAGAUGAAGAAUAGCAUCCCUUUUGCUGUUGUUGGGAGCAAUCUGGCGCUGAGAACACACGGGAGAAUUGUGCGAGUCCGGGCUUACCCAUGGGGAAUGGUGGAAGUUGAGAACCCCGCCCACAGUGACCUGGUCCACUUGAGAACUAUGCUAGUGCGCACUCAUAUGCAGGACCUGAAGGAGAAGACCCACGAAAACCUGUAUGAACAGUACCGCAUCAGUCACAUGCCGAUGCGCAAACCCAGCAUGCCAUUCUAGUAAGCAGGCAGAGAGCCACACAUCUCCACAGAAUACCUUAAUCCAGGUGUUUAUGAGCCGUUUGUGGCCUCACAUUUUUGUUUCAUUUAGGAAUGGAACGGUCCGGACAGAAAUACACCAGUGCAAUAAAUUCCAGUGUGCAAAUAA